AUGAAGAGAUUGAACAAUAUAUUCAAUAAUGACAAUGAUGACGAUCAGGUCGAUGUUAAGCCCAAGAAACCACUGAUCACUCUGUCACCAAUGUCCACUACAACAACAGCAACUACAACAUCAAUGUCAUUCCAAUUAAAGCAACCUGCUUUAAAGAAGCCAAGAGCAUUCGAGUCGAGUGAUGACAAUCACUUUGAUAGCAGCAGCAGCAGCAGAAUCAGUACAGGUGACAAUGACUACAACCAACAGCGCAAUAAGGACCAACACGACGAUGAUGAUGUUGACACAUUGGAUCAAUUCAUGGAGAAUGUUCACAAACAAGUUCAGACUGAUCAGCACAGUAAUGCUAGAGCAAAACGAGACGAUAUAGAUGAGGAGGAUGAGGAGGAGCGCUUCUUUAAGAUGAGGAAACUCCAGUUGGAAAAGGCUGAGAAAGAUAGCAUUGCUGCUGCUGGUGACUUUGACGAUGAAAACUAUGACCCAUUGCUUUUGCAAGACUCUGACGAUGAGGAAUCAAAUAUCGCCGGCGGUACUAGACCAAACAGGAAGAAGUUUAUCGAGCCACUGCCUCCUCUUGACCACUCCAAGAUCGUCUAUGGCGAGUUUGAAAAGUGUUUCUAUGAGGAGGACUCUGACAUUGCCGAUCUGUCCACAGAGCGUGUGUUUGCCCUGCGCAAGGAGCUGGACAUUAGGAUCAUUGGCAAUGACUUGGUCAACCCAGUCACCUCAUUUGGACACAUGGGCUUUGACGACACCAUGAUUCAGGCCAUCCAGAAGCAAGGCUACGAAACACCUACCACCAUCCAGAAACAAUCGGUACCGAUUGCCAUGAGCGGUCGUGACAUGAUAGCCAUUGCCAAGACUGGCUCUGGCAAGACGGCUUCUUUCAUUUGGCCAUCGAUUCCACACAUCAUGGACCAGCCCUAUCUGGAGAAGGGUGACGGUCCCAUUGCCCUGUUCGUAGCGCCAACUCGUGAGCUUGCACAUCAGAUCUACCUAGAGACACAAAAGUUUGCCAGACCCUACAAGAUUAGAACAUCAGUCAUAUAUGGAGGUGUAACCAAACUACUACAAUGUCGUGAACUCAAAGCUGGUUGUGAGAUUCUUGUUACUACUCCUGGAAGACUUAUUGAUAUGAUCAAAUUAAAAGCAACAAAGAUGAACAGAGUGACAUACCUGGUGCUAGAUGAGGCAGAUAGAAUGUUUGACAUGGGCUUUGGACCUCAGAUUCAAUCGAUCAUUGGUCAGAUACGUCCUGAUCGUCAGACUCUAUUAUUCUCUGCAACAUUUCCACAACACAUUGAAGACUUGGCCAGGAAUAUUUUGAUUGAUCCAAUAAGGAUAUCCAUUGGUAGUGCUGGAAGUGCCAAUCAAGAUAUAACACAAUUAGUUACAGUAUUGAGCUCUAGCUCUGAUAAAUGGCAGUGGCUUGUUCAACGAUUGCCACAGUUCAUCCAACAGGGCAAUGUUAUAAUAUUCGUCAGUACCAAGAAUGCAACAGAUGAAUUAUCAGCCAACUUGAUAAAGUUUGGCUUUAUAGUUGAUGGAUUACAUGGUGACAAGGACCAACAAGAGAGAACAAAGAUAAUCAAUAAGUUUAAAGAGGGUAGCAUCCCAGUGUUGGUGGCCACUGAUGUAGCAGCUCGUGGACUUGAUAUCAAUCUGAUAAAGAAUGUCAUCAACUUUGAUCCCUCUCGUGACAUUGAAUCACAUACACAUCGCAUUGGAAGGACAGGUCGAGCUGGUAGUCUAGGUGUUGCACAUACGCUGAUCACACCAAAGGAUAUCCAUUUCUCUGCUGAACUGGUCAAGCAUCUAGAGAAUGCCAAUCAGAUCGUACCACCAGAGUUGAUCACCGUCGCUAUGAGUAAUAACCAGUUUAGGAGGGAGAGAUCAGGUGGAGUCCGAGGAGGAAGAGCCAGAGGCAGAGGUGGACCACGUGGCGGAAGAGGAAGAGGUGGUCGUGGUCGAGGUGGAAAUGGUAUUGGAUUUAGGGAUAGAAACAACAACCAUAGUAGUAGUUCUGGUGGCAACUCGGUAAAGAAGACUCAAUUUGUUCUUGCAUCAUCGUCAUCUGGACAACAACAUCAACAACCACCACUUUGUGGACAUCCACUUGCCGAUGACGAAUAUGAUUAUUGA